GACCUCGCCAGUCGGGAAUGCCAGUGAGACGUGGCUACGGAUGUCGUCAGUUUCCGAAGAAGCGCAAAAGAUCCACGCGAAGCCUGCUGUCAAAGAACCAGCCAGUGGCAGCAGUCGAGAAGAGGUGUCCAAAUUCAUUCACCGCAUAGCAAGACUUCCAAGAAGAGAGCCAGCUAUUGAUAGAACACCAUGUCGUCUCGACCUAAUACUAGUAGAGGGAUGGAUCCUCCCGCAGACCCUCCUGCCGGCACGGACGAAGAGGAAGCGUCGGCAUCACAAGAAGAAACAUCUCAACUCAGGAUCCCCGACCGCCCAACUGGCGGUGCCGUCUGGGGUGAUACGAUGAUCAACUUUAAGAGGAGUGGCAUGAACGAUGAAGAGCUCGGCGAAAGAGCCAGCGCUGCCACAGAGCCGCCUGCCCAGCCAACAACCACAUCACAGGAAGACGCAAAAGAAGAAGAAGAAGGAACGUCUCUUCUCAGGAUCCCCAAUAACCCCACAGGCGGCGCGGUCUGGGAUGAUGCCAUGAUCAACUUCAAGAGAAGUGGUAUGCAUGAAGAGACUGGCGAAAGAGUGCCGAAUAAUAAUGAGCCCGAUGCGACAGCACCCACGGAGGAUCCACACCCGUCUGGGACAAGCACUGGUCGAGGAAGCAAUGAUGACACUACGCCACCAGACGAUGCCACUCCGGAUAGCCCGGUGGGGGCAAAAAGGGUUGCUGGUCUUGGUCGGAGGAAAAAAGACACCGACGCUCCUCCUGUUGUUGACAGCAAUGCUACUAGCAACAGUCACAAGGCAGGAGAUGCCGAAGCAGGGGCAUUCCGUCAAUCCAAUCCAGCUCCUUUCCGGAGCACUACGACAAGUGCUGCUUCGUCAGCACCAGAACCUGUGGAAGUAGAGGAAGAAACUCCCAUUCAGAGCGCCGCAGAUUUCAUGGCAGUGGCCACGUUGGUACGAGAUCCAACCAUCCUUCCAAUCGCCCCCGCUGUUGCCGUACCUGAAGCGGAUGCCGCUAACAAAGGAAAUGAUGCCGAGGAACCUGGAGGGUUUUCCGAUUUAUGGAGGAAUCAGUACAUGGUGCGGCUUGUCGUCGGAUUGUGCUGCUUCUUUGCCAUUGUAAUUGUCGUCUUGGUUCUAGUUUUGGGGGGUGGAAGUGGCGACAGCAGUGGCGGCGAUGCGAAUGCUUCCGUGGAAAGUGCAUCCUCGUUGGCCCCAGUAGUCGCAGAAUCCCCAGAGUCGACAACAUCACCAGUUUUGUCUCCCAUCCCCACAACACUCUCUACGGUCCCAACACCAGCCCCUUCUUCCUCCCCGUCCACAGCAACAACCGAGGCGCCAUCUAUGAGGAUAUCAUCGCAGACGAACAAUCCAACCAUCAAUCCUACAAGAAUCCCUACACCCAAUCCUACAAGAAUCCCCACACCCAACCCUACAAGCAUCCCAACACCCAAUCCUACGAGAAUCCCCACUAGUAUUCCAACGACCGCGCCCACAACAAGAAAUCCGACCAAGAUCCCAACACGUAGCCCCUCGAAGAUGCCAACACCUCCAGCUGUUCAAGAAUUCACAUGCUCCGUGCCUAGGAGUGAUAUCGCGGCAAAUAUACCGGUAUCAGAUGAAUGCACCCAAUACAUUGAAGCAAUUCGGGUCCCAUGUGAAUGCUAUUAUUUUUGUACUGGAGGAAGUCUGGUGAGAUGCCUUUACGAUGGUUCGACCGAGACGUUUGGCUGUGCUGCCGGCAGCGUCCUGGAAUGUGUGAGCGCACCGACAACGAGCCCUCCUAGCAUCGCACCUGUCGUGACCACAGUAGAAUCAACCGACUCGCCGACGGAGACACCAACUGUGCCUUCCUUUCCUCCUUCGAGUGAGGGUGGUUGCUACAACAAUUUGGAUGCCAUUUUCUACUUGAUCAGUGACGAUGACAUACUCUUUCAACAAAAAAGAUAUGUAGUGUGCCCUGGAACUAUUGUGGAUGUCGGAUUUCUGGUUCCAGGCGUUGGGAUUGAUCAGGGACAGACGCCCUUGAUACCAAGGUCCAACACUGAAUUUUUGUGUGGUGAAGAUGGAAAGUCGGAGAACAACUGCAUCAUACGAGGGGGCGAUUUUGGUUUGAUUGGUGUCCCUGUGUUCUUUCGGCAGGAUCUUGCAGUCAACAAUGUUAACGUCAGUGGGUUUACUUUUAUGGGACAAAUUCAGUAUGCCGUGUUUAUGGCUACUGCAGGUGAUAUUACUUUCAAUGACUGCAUCUUCCGGGACACUGGCAACUUUGGCACCAUUGUUAUGAAUUAUGAUGCAUCUCUUGACCUGGGCAGGCGAUUGGAUGAGGUUUUUAGCAACCCUUGGGAUGCUGUCAUCGACUUUAUCGAUGAGUACAAGACCAAUAAUAACCCACCAAGGAGGCUUGAAGAUGGUUCACAGCAUGACCUUCAACGUGGGCUUCAAGAAAUGGUUUCGAGGUCCUUGUUCAAAGACUGUAUCUUUAGGAACCUGCAACAAGUGGAACGGAAGCUGGGGGUUGAGUUUGGGAUUCUUACCAUCAAGGGACCUGAUCAUGAUGUCACUAUGGCUAACUGCACAUUUUCUAACAACACAUUCGGAGAUGCCACUUUAACUCCCAUUGGCUAUGCCAUCCUUGUCCAGGGUGCAAAAAUACAGCUUGAUGGUCUUUGCUUGAUUGACAAUGACUUCAGAGGCAAUGGUGCUGUCCUCCUGGAAGAAACGGAUGAUCCAUUUGUUAGUGAUGGAAGCUAUCUGACACGCAACUUUGCAACAGAGGAAGAUGAUGACCUUGACUGUGGUUUUGCUGCUUGGUUUGCAACUGAGGAAGACCAGCUGAACUCUGUUUUCACGUGCGUCCCUGUACAAGUAGCGGAAUGUAGAGGUGAAGCAAUUAUGGUGGUUCCAACAACUCCACCUGUGAUGGUACCGAUAGGAUCUACCCCAACCCCUUUGCCAACCAGUCGUCCAACAGUAGACUGUUACACGAGUUUGGAUGCAAUUUUCUUUGCGAUAAGCGAUGAUGAGAAGCUUUUUGAGCAAAAGAGAUUCGUGAUGUGCCCUGGAACAGUGGUGGACGUUGGGUUUUUGGUCCCUGGUGUUGGGAUUGAUAAUGGCCAGUCCCCCUUGGUGCCAAGGUCCAACACUGAAUUUUUAUGUGGCGAAGAUGGGCGUCCUGAGAACACUUGCAUUAUACAGGGAGGAGAUUUUGGCUUGAUCGCUGUCCCUGUAUUCUUUCGGCAGGAUCUUACUGUUGACAAUGUUCAAGUCAGAGGUUUUACGUUUGUGGGGCAAGUGCAGUAUGCCGUGUUUAUGGCAACUUCCGGCCAAAUCGAUUUCUACGACUGCGUCUUUCGGGACUCUGGAAACUUUGGCACCUUUGUUAUGAAUUAUGAUGCAACUCUUGACCUGAGCAGGCGUUUGGAAAAAACUGUUCCCAACCCAUGGGAUGCAGUCCUUGACUAUAUCAACCUGUACAAGAGUGGCACUCUACCAAGGAGGCUAGAAGGCCAGCAACGUGGGCUACAAUCAAGUGUGUUUGAGUCAUUGAUCAAAGACUGUGUGUUCAGUAGAUUGCAACAAGUGGAACGGAAGCUGGGGGUUGAGUUUGGUAUUCUUACCAUCAAAGGGCCAGACCACAUUGUAACCAUUCAAGACUGCACAUUUUCAAACAAUCUCUUUGGCAAUCAAGACUUAACUCCCAUUGGCUACGCCAUCCUUGUCCAGGCUGCAAAAAUACAGCUUGAUGGUCUUUGCUUGAUUGACAAUGACUUCAGAGGCAAUGGUGCCGUCCUUUUGGAGCAAACGGGUGAUCCCUUUGUUACCGAUGGGAGCUAUUUGGUGCACAACUUUGCAACAGAGGAAGAUGACUACCUUGACUGUGCGUUUGCUGCUUGGUUUGCAACUGAGGAAGACCGACGGAACUCUGUUUUCACGUGCGUCCCUGUACAAGUUUCCGAAUGUGGGGGAGAUCCCAUAACUUCUACUCCAUCUCCAUCUGCUGCACCCACUGCAGCCUCGUUUAGUGAUUUGUUGGCCUUCUUAGGAGCCAAUGCAAUCACAUCAACUGAGGUACUGCAGGACAAGAGCUCUGCUCAAUAUAAGGCUGCCCUUUGGUUGGCAGAUGCGGAUUCUUCACUAAUGAGUGACUCAAGGGUGCUUCAGAUGUUUGCUUUGGCAACCUUUUACUUUGCUACAGGAGGUGACAAUUGGAGGCUUUGUGGGAAGAACUCACCAAGCUGUGGUGACACACCUUGGUUGUCGGACACAAACGAAUGCGAGUGGUUCAGUAUCAGUUGUGACGUUGAUGGCAUAGUGUCUCAAAUGAGUUUUCCUGCAACAGGAAAUGAUUUGAUUGGGGUCUUACCCCCGGAGCUUUCACUCCUACCCGGACUGCGGAGAUUCCUUGCCCCUGAGAACUCUUUGCGUGGAGAUUUGGAUGUUGCUUUUGGGGGGCUCACCUCACUUGAGACAUUUGCCAUGCCGGAUAAUCGACUGCAGGGAACUAUUCCUACUGGAAUUCUCCGCAGCAACUCACAGCUCGGACUACUUGCUCUUGGAGGAAAUCAGUUUUCUGGGACCAUCCCGUCGGCUAUUGCUGGGGCUUCUAUCCUCAGUGAUCUACAACUGGACUACAAUUCACUCACAGGAACCAUCCCUGCGGAUAUUGGAAGCCUUACGCGGCUGACCAACUUUGAGAUUCAGGGCAACAACUUCGCAGGGUCCGUUCCCAACGAGCUUUACUCCUUGAGCAGGCUAAAUACCGUAUCAAUUCGAGAGAAUACUGGAAUCAAUGGUACCAUCAGUCCUUUGAUUAGCCAGCUUACUGACUUGCAUGUGUUGCAGCUUGGAUUCACUCAGCUUCGUGGCACAAUUCCCAAUGAGAUGUUUGCAUUGACUGAUUUGUCCGAGAUGAAUUUGGAAGGAGCUUCCUUCUCUGGAACGAUCCCUGAAGCUUUCCGCAACCUCAAUGCCUCUUUGAUGGACCUCUUCUUGAAUGAUAAUCGCUUCACUGGGCCAGUGCCUGAGGCUUUUGACUACUUGACCGCACUCGAAACUCUGCAAAUUCAAGGGAAUCAAUUGACCGGUAGCAUCUCAGCUGAAGUCUGUUCAGAACGUGGGUUACGAUUCCAACAGCUGGCUACUCUCAUUGUGGACUGUGUUGUCGAAUGCAGCUGCUGUGACAAUUGUGAAGAAUAGUCAAUUGAAGAAGACUUGAUUGAUGGAAGAGUAUCUACCAACUAGAGUUUGCCUUUUUUCAUCAUCAUGCGGAUAACUGAUGUGAGUGCUCAGGGAAUACCAGGCCUUGCAGACUCUAGCAAAACAAAAAGGGUGAAGUGAUUUUCCUGCAACAGAAGCUGGCGGGCGUUGCCAUGACUUCCCCAUCAUGGAGAUCGGAGAUCGUGUUUUGUUUUGACGGCUGAGAAGGACAUUGGAUGACGAUGGACGUAGGGAAACGUACAUGUGCUCCGUCAUUGCGUGAUCGAUGUGUUUGCCUAGACGUUGUCGUUCUUGGAUCAACUACGAGUAGCUCCACAUGUGAGGGUCCAACAGAGCACACAAGAGGUACUGUGAAGCCCUAUUUGCUAGCAAGACCCGAGGAGGGCGGCGGAGAUAAUGGCUUCUUGGCAUUUCACCCCAACGAACGUAGUAAGCAUGUGGUCACGGACCGGUUCCAUCCACUGGAGCCAACAACGACACUAUGCAUAGAUCGUACAGCUAGUUGGAGUUGUGUAACUUCUUUAAGGAGUUUAAUCGUCACAACGCCACCCUUUUCCGAUUCGAAUCAAUCCGUGUUCUCGAGCAAGAAGAUCAGAUCUCGGAGUCCAAAAACCAACUCAUGUCGACUGUUGGGGGGGGGCUUUUGGCUGGCACUGCUUUCGAUUCCGCCAAACUUUCAAAGGUUGCGCAAGACACCUUCGCUCGAUACCAACGAGAGUGGAUAGAGCUCCAACUACAGUGUUUCCUGCUUGCUUUUUCAGCUGCACAUUCGUUUUCCUCGUAACGUGGAAAAGCAGCGCCGGAGAUGACCGUGGAAGCACCAAGCUCACAGGAAGAACAAAACAUCUUUCGCAAAAGUGACUUUCAACUUUCAACCCACCGAGUCGGUCUGUCUUUGGCGAGCAGUACAGCCGUAUCUGCAUACAGCAUUGAAGAGAAUAGAAUGAUGAUACGGGGGUA